AUGUCACUUAUUAGUGGCCGUGUGGCCAUUCAACUCACCCUCUCUCUCCCAACUACAAUCGAAUUCAUCGCACUCCAGUUACCCGUCUUAACUUCUCAGGGUCGAGGCGACAAGGGGAGUAAAAACGGAGACACCCGGCUAGAUACAUUUAAGUUACAUGAGCACUUCCGUCAGACACUUGCUAAUUUUUCAUUUCGCGCUUUACAUUUUUCCAUCAAUGUUUUCCCUUUCUUCGGAUUUCAUUCUGUCUCUUUAUUCCUAAUGUUGUCUCUCUUUUCUUUUCCUCCUAACUGCUUCCAUGCCUUUUCUCUCUUUCCUCCAAUCUCUUUAUCACUCUUUCACAUCUUUUCCUCCUUUUCUUUUCCAACUGCUGCUCUUAACUCACUCAGCCUUUCUUCCUUUCGUUUUUCUUUCCCAGGAAGAGGGUGUCGGUUCAAUCCUUUGUUGGUUUUAACAACAUUAUUUAUUUUUUCCUUCAAUCCUUCCUUUCCUUUAAACUCACAUUUUAAACACCUGUUCUUUCGCUCAAAAUUUCGAAAGACCUAUGUCGAUUUUUAUCUUUGUAUAUUUCUUCUAUCUAUCUAUCUAUCUAUCUAUCUAUCUAUCUGUACUUCAGUUGAAUUUUCAACUUCUUUUGCUUUAUAUUUUUACUUGUGUCGGAUAUCUAUCUAUCUAUCUAUCUAUCUAUCUAUCUAUCUAUCUAUCUAUAUAUAUAUAUAUAUUUAG